UAUGGGGCGCUGCGUUCGACGAAUUUUCGUUACGCAUGCGCACAAUUUAACCGUUUUCUAAACUACGCCGAUCACGCAUAUUUGCGCCUAAAAGCAAGCUGUUCCCGGUUCGACGUGAUAUUUUUGUGUUUUAAUUAUUUAUCAAAGUGCGUCGGAUUGGGUUGCGAUUUGUUAUUUUAAUAGUAUUUAGUUGUCCAAAUAACAAUCAGAAGUCAGCGAUUGAUUGGGAAUUGGGAGGAUUCGCAGCGAUGUUGUCAUCAUUGGGUUCUGACGACAGCUCUAAUCAGUUCGAAGAGGUGGAAUCAUGUUCUGAGUUAAGCGACGUAGAUUUAGAGCGACCAUCAACGAGUAAAAAAAAAACAUUACACUCCGUCAUGCCGCUGAGUGUUGGGGUUGAGUUUGCUUCCUACGCUGAACUUGAACAAUCGGUUUUGGCUUACGAAAAGAAAAAUUUUUGUAUUUUCUACAAACGUGACUGUUCAACUAUCGAUCAGUGCAGAAAGAGAGGUAUUUCAAGACUGCUCAAUGCUGAUUUGAAAUACUAUCGGUUAAGAUAUAGUUGUAUACACGGAGGAAAAAAUUUUAAAUCGUUGACGAGAGGCAUCCGGAAAUCUUCGACAUUUCAAAAACAAUGCCCGGCUAUGAUGUUCUUCAUUUGCAGCAGUGAUGGGAAGAAACUAGUUCUGCGAAAAAUGGUUGAUAAGCAUAAUCACAUCUGUUCAAAGGAGCUGAAUGUCAUGUACUCGAAGAAAAUCGAGAAAUGAAGGGUCUUUUUUUUGCAACAACUGAAAUGAAACAAUCGAUGUUGGCAUACCCUGAAUUUGUGGGUAUUGACGGAACAUUUAAGCUGCUUGAUAUACGAGCUCCGGUUUAUCUGAUGGUUGUAGAGGAUUCAGAAGGAAAUACCGAGAUUGUUGCUGUAUGCAUUCUUAUGAAUGAAGACGCAGAAAGUAUGAUUUGGUUUCUUCGAACUUUUAAAGAAGUUCAUCCAUCGUGGUCAAGUACUAAAUGUA